ACAAUUCGCCUUUCAUUUAGACUCGAAUAGUCCAUAAACCAAACUAAAAACCGCAAACAUGAGGGCCGUUCUUUUCGCUUUAUUUCUCGUUGCUCUGGUUGCUUAUUCCUCAGCUGCCUGUAAUGCUAAAAUGUGCAGAAACAGCUGCUCUGCAUUGGGAUACAAAACUGGAAUAUGCUCCGGCAGCACGUGCCAUUGCGCAAACUUGAUGGCACAACAAUUUUUGGCAUUUGAUAUAGACGAGCUGGCUACCAUUUUAAGACCAUAAAAAAUUUGGA